AUGGAUUUCAACAGCCCCACAUCGCUGAUGUCUCCUGGCAUCAACGCCGCCACAUCUCCCCGAAAGGCACAACAUCCCGUCUCUCAUCAAGGCAACGGGGAGCCAGUCUCUCCAAACGCGGAUUUGGUGGCCGACGAAUCAUCAACUACCACCAAGAUCAACUUGGACGAGGGCGGACGUCAGAUGACUUAUGCGAAACUCAUUCAUCUGGCCCUUCGUGAUAAGGACUCGGGGCAGAUGACCCUAGGCGAACUCUACGGCUGGUUCGUAGAGAACACCGAGAGAGCCACCGAUGAGAAUCACCGAUGGAAAAGCAGCGUCCGCUCAAACCUCAGCCUAAAUCAGGUCCGUCAGUGGCUUCCGGAACAUCGUCAACCAAAGGGCAUCUGGCUGACCUUGGAGAAACAGGCUUUCGAACGACAAGAAGGGAAGGGCUCUCUUUGGCGGCUCGCAGCCGCGGGCUCGGCUGAUGUUCAACUGAAACGCAAGCCUCGAGCUAUCCGGAAGAAAAAGGCGAAAGCACCAGCGGCAUCACCUGCGCUAUCCCAGUCCGGCUUGUGCGACGUCUGGCAGGCAAACGCCACCGGGAUUCACCACGGCCACAACAGCCCUCGGAGCCGCGACGACUCCGCCGGAUUUUCGGAGGGGAGCCAACCGGCAGGCGGCACCUCUUUCAACAAUCCCACCCCGAGUCUCAUCGAUUUGCCGCGAGGCCCAUCAAAGUCACUGAAGCAUUCUAUCGACCACAAGGACGCAGGCGAUGUCGUGACGAAACGCCCCAGAACCCAGGCGAUCCCCAUUGACUAUACCGGCGAUCAUCAAGGACGCGCCUUGGCGGAUUACCUGAUGCUAAGCGACCUAUCCCAAACAUCCAUAUCCAUCAAGGACGACCCGCUGCUGUAUGCGCAAUUCGAGAUUCAAGAUCUUACGACGCCGCCGGAAGCGUACAGCGAUCUGAUGCAGUUACUCCUCAGCAACACGGCAAGCGAAUUCCGACCCGUCUACACCACGGAGCGGCUUGCUAUCAAGUAUAGCCGGCAUGGGCUGAACAGCGUCCUUGACGACAAUUUUGACUUUCAAGCUUCUCAGUACUCCAUAAUGGCUACCCUUUCCUCCAGCGUCGACUUGUGGGAGGACCCUGUGCGGUAUGAAGACGGGUUCCGCAUCGUAACAUAUCAUAUGCUUUUCCAUGCCGCAAAAAGUAUCAUCAACGUUUCUGAUGCCUGCGGUCUGCUCAUCAACUGGAAGCUACUAGACUUCACUGCGACUCGGAGGCCGGCAGAGCCCCUGCGGUCGGCGGCAGCGACCAAGAAAACGACGCGCCCAUGUCGCCCUCUCUUACAUAGACCCCAGCUGGCGACUCCGCAAUCCAAGGACUUGAGCGACGUCUACUACGAGAAGGACGAUAAGAUUGUCUUCAUCGGCGGUCGCGCCAUUCUAGACACCUCUGACGAGGCCGCCAAGUCAGUCGAAACCGACUCCCCAGUGACCGAUGCGAAUACCACCGACAGUAGCUCUAGUGACGAGUACGAUAAAGUCAAGCCCAAAGAUAUCAUGGUGUCAUAG